AUGGCUGCUCUGGGGAAAAAGGUUCCUGACUGGCACCGCCUAAUGGUCCUCUCCUGGGCCUGUUUGGCUAGGCAGACCUCUCGUCUCAGAGAACAGAAAAGGAUGAGUCCUUUGUUGUUCAAACAGCUGACUACAGUACCCAGUGGAGGGAGCCUUCAAGAGUUAUCCAGUGUUAAACCUAAAAAGUGUGUGCAAGAAGCAGAGAGCAGGACACCUCUUGUUCACUGUGUUCAUGAGGAACAGAGGACUUGUGUGGAUCCUGAGUCCUUGGAGCUUGAAAGGGUUACCAGUUCCCUCCUGAAUAUGGGUUUUGAUGAUGCCCAUGUUAACAGCUUGCUCAGUAUGCAGCCAACUGUCGAUCCUCAACAUUUGCUGAACAUAAUUUCAGAAUUUCUGCUCUUGGGGCUGAACCCAGAGCCUGUAUUUAUGGCCUUGAAGAAAAGUCCCCAGCUACUGAAACUGUCCACAGUGCAAAUGAAGAGGCGUUCCAGUUACCUUCGGAAGCUUGGCCUUGGAGAAGGGAAACUGAGGAGGGUGCUUCACGGCUGCCCUGAGGUUUUCACCAUGUGUCACCGGGACAUUAACAAUGUUGUGAAGGUCCUCAAAGAGAAGUGCUUGUUUACAACCCAGCAGAUCACUGAGAUUUUGCACAGAUGCCCGGGUGUUUUUCAGGAGGACCCCAGUGAACUGGAAUACAAAUUCCAGUAUGCAUAUUUUAGGAUGGGACUUAAUCAUCUGGACAUAGUCAGGACUGAUUUCUUACAGUAUUCAAUAACCAAGAUCAAGCAGAGACACAUUUACCUGGAGCGCCGUGGACAGUACCAAACCCCAGAUAAGAAGGGGCAGACACAGAUCCCUAACCCUUUACUAAAAGACAUUCUCAGAGUCUCUGAAGCUGAGUUUCUGGCCAGGACAGUGCGGUCCUCUGCUGAGGAGUUUGGAGUUUUUAAAAAGCUCUUGGAUCGAGAAGAGGAGUCUGAGAGCCCUGCAUCUGAGGAGGAGGAGGAGGAAGAGGAGGAGGAGGAAGAAGAUGGUGAGUAG